GGGGACGGAACGGAACCCGGAUGCUGAUGUUGCCGUAUCGGAUGAGGAGGAGAAGAAGAGGGGGAGAGAGAAAAAAUAACGUUUUUUUUGCGGCCAGAAGGGAGGCUAUCCCGUGACGGAUUGUGGAUGCAAAGAACUUCGACAGACAAGCAGAUAUUUUUCGAAUCGCUUCUGAAGCUACAUCUUUCUGCACAAGGACGCCGGUGAAGGAUGAAUCUUGGAACCAGCGGCUGCAUGAGCGCAAGCCGGGAUGGUGUAAUAUGUCCAUAGACGGCGAGGGAGGGAGGGGAGAGAGCAAGGGAAAGAAAGAGGAGGGAGGGAGGAGAGUACUACGCCAGCUAAAGAUGCUUUUGUUUUUGUAGAACCACGAUGUAUUACAACCAUCAACUCGAGCGUUUCACAUAAUAGAGAAAACUAUUAUUUCUCGAAAGAAAAAUACAUUUAGGUCUAAACAGAAACGCAAGGCAAAAUUGUUGACAGACGUUGACUGGGGAAUACAGAUUGAGAGAAGUGUAGGCUAGUCCGAACGGGUGCGGAUAGCAGGGUGGUUGUUUUGACACUCUGUCCCCCUCUAUUUCCUGAUACCAGGCCCUGGGAUAAUCCGAAGAGUGCACCGGAUAUUGGGAAAACAACCCCUCUGAGGCUAUAACGGAAAAUUACUAUUCAUAUAGCCGGAAGGACGGAGCAGAGAUAGGCUACAUACCAAAAUGGAACAAAAAGAGGUGGAGGAAGACAAAAAUAUGUUACGAUGAUAAGAUUCUUUACAAAUGUCAUUAUUAUGUUAUUAUAGGGAUCACUUAUGACAUCGGGUGUAGGCUAUGAGGUGCAGAAUUGUGUGCAAUCUAGCCGUUAAAUUGAGCCUAUCUGAUUAAAUAGUUUUUGAUAGGCUAUCCCAGCUGCUUACCUCUAUCUGUCUAUACCAAUAUUAACAAUAGGACACAUUUAUUUCGUCUAUUGUUAAUAAUAAUUGUAAUUCAUAAUAACUUGCGUUAUUUUGGACUUCUCAAAUAUGCACCUGUCAAAAUCUCCAUACGAGUUAUCCUCUUCCACUUUCUAACGUCCCCUUGUUUCAUUCCUGUUUAGUCAAUUCACGGCCCGAUAAUAAACCGAGUUUACCGAAUUUAUAUGACGGGAAAUGUAUGCAAUAGCCGCAUAGAAAAAGGCAAGUGCAUGGGAGUAGCCUAGCCGAGACUAUAGGCCACGAAAUUGUCAUCACGACUACAACCGCUCUCUCCAUUCCUCCCUGUGACAACAUCGCUAGGCGCCUGUAAUGUUAUUACGGCGGAGCCGUUCUGCCGCCAGGACCGACAGCUAUAAAUUCCUCCUGAAAAAAACAGUGAGUUGAUCUCCUUAUCAACAUAUCGUUUCGCUUUCAACGCCCGGACACCAUGACAAGCAAGGAGCUGUCCGUAGGCCAGUCGGCCCAAUACGUCGGGCCUUACCGGUUGGAGAAAACCCUUGGGAAGGGCCAGACGGGUUUGGUGAAGCUGGGAGUGCACUGUAUCACGGGACAGAAGGUGGCCAUAAAGAUUGUGAACCGAGAGAAGCUGUCCGAGUCUGUCCUCAUGAAGGUGGAGAGGGAGAUAGCUAUACUAAAACUAAUAGAGCACCCUCAUGUGCUGAAGCUGCAUGAUGUUUAUGAGAAUAACAAGUACCUGUAUCUGGUGUUGGAGCAUGUCUCAGGAGGAGAGUUAUUUGACUACCUGGUGAAGAAGGGCAGACUGACGCCUAAAGAGGCCAGGAAGUUCUUCAGACAGAUCAUCUCAGCGCUGGACUUCUGCCACAGUCACUCUAUAUGUCACAGAGACCUGAAGCCUGAGAACCUGCUCCUGGAUGAGAAGAACAACAUCCGCAUCGCUGACUUCGGCAUGGCCUCCCUACAGGUGGGGGACAGCCUGCUAGAGACCAGCUGUGGAUCUCCUCACUACGCGUGUCCAGAAGUGAUCAGGGGGGAGAAGUAUGACGGUCGCAGGGCAGAUGUGUGGAGCUGUGGCGUCAUCCUCUUUGCACUGCUGGUGGGAGCUCUACCCUUUGACCAUGACAACCUGCGUCAGCUCCUUGAGAAGGUGAAGAGCGGGGUUUUCCACAUGCCCCACUUCAUCCCCCCAGACUGCCAGGCCCUGCUCAAAGGAAUGAUCCAGGUCAACCCUGACAAGAGACUCACGCUAGAAGCAAUACAAAAACACUCCUGGUAUCUUGGUGGUCGUAACGAGCCGUGUCCGGAGCAGCCUCCUCCCAGGCGUGUGUGUGUGAAGAGGAUCGUGUCGCUGACCGAGCUGGACCCUGAUGUACUGGACAGCAUGCACUCGCUGGGCUGCUUCAGAGACCGGGGGAAACUGACCCAGGACCUGCAGUGUGAGGAAGACAACCAGGAGAAGAUGAUCUACUACCUCCUCUUGGACAGGAAAGAGCGUUACCCCAGCUGUGAGGACGAAGACCUGCCGCCCAGGAACGAUAUAGGUCUCCCAGCAGAUCCCCCUAGGAAGCGGGUGGACUCUCCCAUGCUGACUCGUCAUGGCCGGUGCCGGCCGGAGAGGAAGAGUCUGGAGGUGCUGAGUGUGACGGAGCAGGGCUCCCCAACACCCACGCGCAGGGCGCUGGACACCUCCGCACACAGCCAGAGGUCUCGUUCAGUCAGUGGAGCUUCAACAGGGCUCUCGUCAAGUCCUCUCAGCAGUCCCAGGAGCCCAGUUUUCACUUUCAGCCAAUCAGAAGUCACCUCCGCCUCCACCACCCACUCCAAAGACCCCAAACCAGGAAGUGCCACCACUCCCCGGCCGUCACAACGGAUGACUGUGGCCGACCCCAAAACCCAGACCCUGCCCUCCAAAGGGCUCUCCGAUCGCACUCACCUCCUAUCCAUGAAGUCACUACCUCUCCAAGCUCCCCCCUCGCCGUCCCCCUCACCCAUCCUCUCCCCCAUCCCUCGCUUCUUCUUUUUCCCCGCCCCCUCUGUCUUUAAGUCGGUCAGUAAGAGCGUCUAUCCUAACUCUGCCCCUGUGCCACAGGUCACCCCUCAGGGGUCUCCACUCCCCACCCCCCUAGGCACCCCCGUCCACCACCCCCAGCCCACCCCUCCCUCCUCCUCCUCUUCCUCCUCCUCCUCGCGGGCGGAGGGAGGGGGUGUGGGCGGGGGCGGAUCCCUCUCCCUAACUCCACCCUCCAGCCCUGGAGGCAGCGGGGGGAUGGCCGCCAGUAGCUCCGCCCACUGGAGGACACGCCUCAACUCCUUCAAGAACAACCUGCUGGGUUCGCCACGCUUCCACCGACGCAAACUGCAGGUUCCAACACCGGAGGACAUGUCCAGUCUAACUCCAGAAUCAAGCCCGGAGCUGGCCAAGAAGUCGUGGUUUGGGAACUUCAUCAGCCUGGAAAAGGAGGAACAGAUAUUUGUUGUCAUUAGAGACAAACCGCUUAGUUCCAUCAAAGCUGAUAUAGUCCAUGCCUUCUUGUCUAUCCCGUCCCUGAGUCACAGCGUCGUCUCCCAGACCAGCUUCCGAGCAGAGUAUAAGUCCUCUGGUGGCCCCGCCGUCUUCCAGAAGCCUGUUAAAUUCCAGGUGGACAUCGCCUUCUCUGAGGUAGAGAGGGAGAGAGAGAGGGAGCGAGCCGAGAGGGAAGGAAAGAGGGAAACUGGCAUCUACAGCGUGACGUUCACUCUCAUAUCAGGUCCAAGUCGCAGGUUCAAGAGAGUGGUGGAAACGAUUCAAGCCCAGCUACUUAGUACUCAUGAUCAGCCAUCUGUGCUGGCACUGGCUGAUGAGAAGAAUGGGCAGCUGACCUCGCGUCCACCCGGCACCCCGACCCGGCAAAACUCCCGACGUUCGGAAGGAGGCGGGGACCGGGGCGAGAAGUGUGAGCGUGGUGACGCAGGGAUAGGGGGCAGCGGGAGUGUGCUUCAGAGGAAGGGCUCGGGCAAAGACAAGACCAGACUCCUUUCCUCCAACGGGACACAGUCUCAGCCCUGAGGGAACAUUGUGGAAACAGACAUCAACAGAACAGGGCAGACCGUUAGAGAGUGAUGACAUUAGAGAACAACACAGACAAACCCCCUCAGACUACCACUACCGCCAUCACCACUACCACCGUCACAUCUCCCGAACCACCUGACCCAGCAAUCAUCGUCACAAACCACUGCUUCAACCUGAAACGGGCCCGACGAGAUAGUUGGCCACCAAGAUAGAAGAAAGAAAAGAGUGGACGAGAGGAAAAUGCAGUGUCACUCAUAGACUUGCUUCAGAAGAGAAGCUAAGAUCAGAAAAAUGUCUAAUUGUACAUUUGAAGUACAACACAUCAUGCAACUGUCAACAACAAUAUGGAGGCAGUAAAAUAAUCAGGCAGACUUAUAUGGGGAAAGGCAGGCUCUGAAUGGUUAAAGGAUAAAUCGAUUUUUUUGGAAGUUAUCCGGUCUACAACCAAUAAGAUGAAAACCUUUGUGGAAUUUCAGAAAUAAUAUCACGAAUUAUAACAGUGUUUCCCAGUUGACGCAGAUCCACUUUUAAGUUUUACCUAACGUCGUUUUUUUGGGUCAGUGAGAGUGAAAUAUUACGGGUCAAGUCAAUUUAGUGGCUGUCAAGGAAACGGACGGGUCAGGUCCUUUCACUGGAUUCUCAGUAACGAUAAGUUACGAGAACAGAAACAUGGUCGAAUUUGAGAUAAGGAUGAGUAAGACUGCAUCAAAAUCAGAGUGAAGCGUCCAAAUGCAUCUUUGCAUCCAAGUAGCUCCAAAGACGUCAAUACAGCUAUUUGAACAAAAUAAAGACAAAUAUCUGUUUUCUCUAGAACUCAGCAGGACAAUUGUAUGAUUCCAGAAAAUACAAUUGAAACAAACUUAUGAAAACCAUCUUGCCUUGGAAUGAGGACUAAGCAAACGGAUAUCUCUACGGAUAUCACCCGAGCUGAAGAAAAAGAACAGACAAGGCACGGAAGAAAGUCUCAACGCCCCCACUACAACUGACAUCUGGAACACGGAGAGAUUUCAAACAGAUAAUGGAACGAUAGAAUUGGAAUCGUUCGAGUAAUUUUAAUAUAACUAAGAUCCGCUGAAUGAUGUGCUCAGAUGAAGAUGUUGUAGUUCAACAUUGUAGUUUAGUGGUGUUCAUUCCAAGAGGACUGAACCAAGCCCUCCACAUCCAUUAUUGUCUUCUACAGAAAACAACCAACUCCCUUACGUUCCCAAUAUGGCCGACAUGGGGCACUGAAUGAUGCGGCUUUUGAAAAGGCCCUAGACACCUAAACGGGUGUGUUCUGUUAAGAGAGCAGAAAGAGGGAGGAGGUGGAAAAGCUCAUUUCAAGAAACAAAAAGAGAUACUUUGUCUUAAGGAUGACAGAGAAAAAGACAUUGAAACUGCUGCACACUCAUUCCCAGUAGAGGAAAGAAACAGACCACACACAAAAAUAAUGAAUUCCAUUUCGUUUUUUGUUUCCUUUUUCCUUUUGUUAAUGUGAUUUGAGCGCAAAUGAGUUGGAUGUUUGCCGCCAACAAAAUGGAGGAUAGCGCUAUCCAAGUGAAUGUCAAAAACAAAAAACACUAUUGUAAAAGUAUUUUAUUUAUGUCAUAGAUUUAUUUAAUAUUUAUUGGUGUAUUUAUUUGUUGAUUUAUAUAUUGUAAAGUGGAAAGAUAGUGGAAAGGGAAGAUGCUGACAAGAACAGAGGGAAAAGUUCUGUUGGAAUAUUGAAACUGACAAAAAUGGCUGCUGCAGUUGAAACCAGAUUGAAUCCUCUUUUCCAGAGCAGGACAGAAAACAACCUCUUGUCCAUUCAUUCCUCAAAUGUUUUAGAAACCAAUGCUGCAAAAAUCCUUCCAGAUCCUUCUGA